UUCAGACUCAAGGUCCUUGGUUCAGACUCCCGUGUAACCGCGCCCUUAAACAAUAUCUUUUAUCUAUGGCGAAAGCGUUAAAGUAUGUGCUGCUACAAUUACGCUGUCGUAUUUUGUAGGUUAUGUCUGUUUCGAAUGCAAUAAUUGUAAACAGUUGUAAUGUUUACGCAACUGCAUUCUUUGGAGAAUGGAUACAGAUGAAACUGAAGAGGUUUGUAGAUAUCCACUAAAACCUCGAAAUAUACCUCCUCAGAACAUUGUCACUCGUUUGAUCAAAAGAGAAACGUUUGGUUGCAAGAAGCCCGGCACGCAUUUUCAUGUUGCUCGUGAAUUCCACCAGAACGUGUUUCCAAACUUCACCAUAGUUAACGUGGAGAAACCGCCUUGCUUCCUCCGCAAGUUCAGCCCCGAUGGCAAGUACUUCAUCGCUUUCUCGGCGGACCAGACCUCGUUGGAGAUCUACCUGUACCUGGGCUGCUCCGCGGCGGCGGACCUGGUGCACGGUCUCAGGGGCGAGUACGUCGGCAACAAGAGCGACCGGCAGAGCCACCAGAUACGCGCGCAGGUGUUCGAGAGGUUCUUCAAGCUGAAGUGGGUCGUCAACGUGGCGCAGAGCGGCGAGCAGUUGAAUCGCGAGUGCAGUCUGUUCACGGACGACGGUAGGUACGUGAUUGUGGGCUCCGCCGCGUACAUACCGGAUGACUUGCGGCCGCGCUUCCACCACAUCUACACGAACAACGAGGCGGUGACGCCGAAUCCCAGGUCUCCCUUGGAGGACUAUUCGCUGCACUUGAUAGACCUGGAGCAGGGCCGUCUGUGCGACACGAGGACGUUCAAGGUGGACAAGAUCUUCCUUUCCCACAACCAGGGUCUGUACUUGUACAAGGACACCCUGGCGGUGCUGUCCGUUCAGCACCAGACCAUACACAUCUUUCACCUGCUCGAUGGCAUGUUUGUCAACGUGCGCACGAUCGGACGGUUCUGUUACGAGGACGACGAUUAUCUGAUAUCCGCGGUUGUGCCCCAGGGCAACCCUGCGACUCAGGCCCAGCGUGCCUUCAGGGAGACCACCAUCAACUCCUUGAAGCACAGGCUCCUGGUGUUUCUGUACAGGCGAGCAGCCCACAUAAGGGAGAGGACUGGGGACCCUUACGAGCUGCGCAAGUUUUACCAGUAUUUUGAACAGUUUCGCGCGCUGCGCAUGUGGAAGAUGCAGCUGCUGGACGAGGACCACCUGCUGAUCAAGUUCGCGGGCGAGGACGUGGUGACCUUGAAGGCGGCGGAGCCCAACUCGCGCCCCUCCUUCCUGGUGGCGUAUGAGGUGUCGGGCGCCCGCGUGCUGGCGGUGCACGAGAACACCUCCCCGGACCUGCUGGCGCUGUUCGAGGGCUUCUGCGACCUGUUCCGCAACGCACGGCUGCACGCGCGCCACCCCUUCACCUGCUCCCCCUCCAACAACAUCCACGCCAGGCUGAUCCAGCAACGCUUCAAGCAGACGAUUGUGAGCGCCAGGUUUGGGGGCCUCACGGAGGCGACCAAGCGUUUGCUGGCCCAACUGCCAAUCAGUGCACAGUCGUACAGCAGCUCACCCUACCUCGACCUGUCCCUCUUCAGCUAUGACGACAAGUGGGUGUCUGUGAUGGAGCGGCCCAAGGCUUGCGGAGAACACCCAAUCAGGUUCUACGCCCGCGACUCCGGCCUGCUCAAGUUCCGCAUCUACGCCGGGAUGCUGGGCCGCAACCCCCCGCCCUCCGCCCGCCGCCUCGUCGCAUUCACCUUCCACCCUUCUGACCCCUUCGCAAUCAGCGUGCAGCGCACCAACGCUGAGUACGUGGUCAACUUCCACAUCAGGCAUGCUCCAGUGUGAGCAGCAUGCUGUCAGAGCCGAGAGACCAGCUCCUGGAGCUCGCUAGUGUCUGCGACUGCGAGUAUUACAAAUCUGUGAAUUAUUUUAUGUUAAAACAUUUUUUUGAAUAUAUACACAAAGUGAAAAUCAUUCACAAAAAAUAAAAUUAAAUAAUACCGGUAUAUAACUAGUAUGAGGUUAAAGUGCUUUAGUGAGAUAUAUCUGGAUAUUAUACAUAUAUAUUUGUUUUUAUAUGUAACAAAUGUUAUGUGAUUAUGAUUUAAAAUCAUUAAUAAUACUCUAUUUUUAUGUUUCUAAUCCAUUGGAUCAACAAAUUAAUUUUCAUACGUAAAAUUAAUUUUAAUGGUUUAAGAAAAUGCAUUUCCAGUUUUUUUUAUUUUCUCUGAUUUUAAACCUCUCCAUUAUGGUUCCAUACAUAUUACUUUUGCUUUCUUUUCCAUUUUACUGUGUUUUGGAUCCAAUUUUAUUGAACCCUGUGAAAUGUGGAAAAAAAAAAGUUUUACUGUAUGUUAAAAUUAGAUUAGAAAAAUGUUUGAUAUUUAUGAAUAAUUUAAUAUUUGAUUCAAAUAAAAAAAAGUCCUUUCUGAUUGAUUAAAGUCAAGUGGGGGGAGGGAUGGCAAUAGUUGGCCAGGUUUUGCGUGCUGCCGCGUAGUAUUGCGACUGUUACAAAUGCUCAAAUCCAGACAAUAUUAAAAGCUAAAAAACUAAAAAAAAUAGCCUAGGCAAUAUUACAGACAAGUAAUUAAACCUGAAGUAUAAAUAUCACAUGACAUAAUUAACUAAAGACAUUUACGUAUGAACUAUAAAAAUAUUUAAUUAUGACAUUGCUUGUCUAGGAAUUUAUAGUUAUGAGCAGGGACAAAGUUAUAUGGUGAAAUGCGAUAAAACUGAAAUAACAUUGAAAAGCAUGUCAGUACACCAUAUGAGACCAACAUUGAAGUUUAUACACCUCAAAGUGCCAAAAUGCAAUAAAAAUCAUUAAACUUAGCAGCAUUUUCAAUCAAAACUUAACGCUAACUACAAAAACUGAAUCUUUUAAAUUUUAAAUUCAAGGAAAUUAAUUUAUUUAUCAAAAAAAAAAUUGGAAAAAUAUAUUUUUUAAAUCUUGCAACUGUUAUUAGUUACUAAUUUUUACGUUACGACCUUAGAACAUUUUUCAAACUCAGAAAUACUUAACAGGAUUAUUUUCAUUGUUCCAAAAAGUUAGAUGUGCUUAUUACUAAUCAUUAUAUUUAAAAAUUAUAUUGUUAAGAGUAUAAUGUGGGGAAACUGGGUUUGUAAGAAACAGCCUUUUUAAGUUUUAUUACAGUUUUAUUAAUUACUAAUAUUUACAUUUCUAUUAAAUAAUUGUACUUAAAAACGUCUGUUCACCAAUCACUUGCACUUAAAAAUGUUUAUUCUCAAGUCACUCAAUGUCUGUCAAGUUCCACAGUUCGCACUCCUCACUGGAGCUAGGCUCGACAGUGAUUCACCCCUUACCUCGUGCCUGUUCUCUCCCACACAGACUCACGCCACUCAGUUGCACACUCAUGGUUCCGUCUUUCCUCGUCACGCCGCUGUCGAGGGGGUCUCUCACCCUCUUCGCCGAUGUCACACUCCUUCACUCGUGGAACUCUGUAAACUCUCUGAACUCUUGGCACUCCCGCGGAGCCUGACGUCAUCACUUACCGUAUAUACUCGUGUAUAGCGCGCCCUUUUUUCCCCUCCAGUAAAGGAAAAAAAUAAGGAUGCGCGCUAUACACGGAAAAAAAAAAAAGUGAGUAGAUGCGGCGGGGAGUGGAAGUCGUUAACUGCCGGUGACGGGUGACGUUUCUGGCCAGCCCCCCACACAUACGCACAAGCAACAAGGCCUCUCUUUCACACACACACGCACGCACACAACCUGGUCUCUCUCUCUCACACACACACACACACACACACACACACACGUGCACGCGCAAGCUCGCAGGUCUCUUGUUUAUUUUUAAACCUCCCCCUCUACAGAAAGCCAACACAGCUAGUAAAAUAAAAAAGAGAGCGAGAGAGAGAAUGUUGACACCAGUCCCCCCCCCUUCAACUUCCUUCGCUUUGUCGCAGCUGCUACCGGUGAGUCAUCUAGUCCUCCGUGUCACAUUCCUGCCUGCCUCCCUCCCUUCCUCCCGCCCACGUACCAGUUGUGACGAUACAGCGCUUCAUUAUCUUCCGUCUACACAGCAGAGUUUAAGUAUUUUCCUGACGCAUCACCACACAUCAAUUUAAAUUAUCAUUUGUUUCAUACGUAAUUACUUAACAGGUACCACAAAAUGUUAGUACAAUUUAUUUACGGGAAAAACAAUUUUUUUUCUUUGGAAUUUGUUGUAAAAAUCGUGGUGCGCGCUAUACACGAGGGCGCGCUAUACACGAGUAAAUACGGUAUAUACCUGUAGCAACCUGCUCAAAGGGACGAGGUUGGUUGUGAUGUGUCGCAUCAUUCCUGGCCAACCCGAUGCCUGAAACACCCAGAAAAGCGAUGCUUAUUCCACGCCACUCCUCGUGGCAGCCUUGGGAAACCCGCAGAAUUCCCAGGCCGCUAGUAGGGUCAUUGGCCUGAAACGGGAUGGUGCGAGGAGAGCGGAAGGGGGAUAGGGAGGACCCUUGUAAUCCGGCCAGGCAUGUGUGGCAUGCCUUACGUCAGUGGACGGUGCGUAGGACCGCCAGCCAGCUCCGAACCUGGUGCGUGUCACAGUCUUGCCUGCGUUCGUAACAAUAGCACGUAUCAGUCAAAACUACAUUGUUUUGGAGAAAUUAGUAUCAUGGAACAUUUAAGCAUCAUAUUUGUUCAGUAAUAUACUAUAUUUUUUAAUAAACAGAUUUCAUGAAAAAUAAAAGCAAUAACACCGAAAUUUCCUGUUUAAAAAAUGAAAGUGGCCUUAAAAAAAAUAAAAUCUUUUUCUAGUAAUGAGGCAUCAUUAAAUAAAAUGUAUUAUUCUAAUACAUAAACCCUAAAAAAUACACAGCAAUAAGAAUGCACUAGUAACACUGCCGAUGCACACACAACUAUGAACGGACGGGAGGUUCAAGUAAGCAAAGAGUGGGUGGUGACUGAUGGGUCACCUCGGGCUCAGGAGUGCAUAGUCCUGUCAGGUUAAAUGUGGUGUUAACAUCUAAAGUUCUGCACCAAAGUUCUCCACUGCAUUCUUAAGCGUAAAAUGCCACCUUGAUUCCAAGAGAUUUUCAGCUGUACCAAUUUUUAUUAUUUCGAAAUUGAUGAAUCCGCACUUUGCUGCAGCAGUCUUCAGGCGAACAUAGGCAUUAAACAUGACCCUCCUAAUGGGUACUCCAGUGCCGUGCGUCGAACAAAGAAAACAAAAACUUAAUCAAAUUUUGAAACUCAACUCAUGGAAAAAAAAUCGCUUAAACUAAGGUAAACCAGAAUAAAUAUAAAACAAAAACACCAUCUUGGAUUGAUUGUUUUUUAAAGCCUUCCAAUUCAUAUUAUUUAACUAACAAUAGUGUGCCGAUAUGAGGGCACAGAUGAUUACAAAAAGAGUAUGUGAAAGUGAAUAAGCCAUCAACGAUGUAAUGGCCAUUGCCAUGGAGGUCAUCAAGAUCAAUGUGGUUAAAAAUUGUUGAAAAUAUUAAUAAAAAAAAAAAACACGUGAGCAAGUCUUCCAGUACGUGCUAGCGAUGUGUAACGUCUAACCUUGGUGCCAAGCAAAUUCAUGUGUUCUCAUUUUGCAAAUACACUUAUAAUACGAAACUAGGAGACAAAAUUUAAGGUAGAAUUUUUUUUAAAAUAAUGCAGAUCAUAAUAAAUAUAUGCAAAUUGUGUUUUCAGCUACAUUUCUGGAUUUAAAUCACAUGUAGUUUCUGCACCUGCUGCUAGAAUUCGCUGAAGCAGCUUCGUUGACUAUAGAAUCAUUCCAUUUGCAGAUUGAAAUUCUAAACUAUAUGAUGAAACAGCUCCGUUGAAAGCUUUGGACCUGAUUUUCGACUAGUAUUUUUUUUAAAAUACUCGCCUUCUUGUUAAAAUUCAUGAAAUAGUUAAUACUAAAAUGUUUCCCUUUGGCUUUGUGAACUUUGGUUUGUGCCAUCUGAUACAGAUGGUAGCACCAUGGUUACACAUUUUCGUUCCUUUACUUCCGUUGCAUCCACAAAAUCACUCCAACCAAAUUGUGUAUACUAAGAGUUACACAUCUUAAAAAUAAAACUAAGAAGAAUCUACGUAACAAAUCUCACAUCUCUAGACCUCUCUUUCUCCACGAGACACGAAUGACAGACAGAGAAACUCUUUCUUUUGUUAAUAAGUUAAUAUAGAUACAGUAUUUUAGAUUUUGCUUUGUAAAGCAAAGCACAUAAUUACAGUCAAACCUCUCUGAAACGACCCCUCACGGUUCCCAGGAAUAGGGUCGUAAUAGAGGGGUCGUAAUAGAUGUUUUCCGAAAUUUUCAGUUCAUUUCAACCCCCGUUCCCAAACCGCUACUCGCUAACCAGCCGUACAAUGGCAGGAUGCUGUCACUCACAAUGCUAGACGGCUUUGCGUUAAACCCACUUCAACCUUCAUGACAAGUCCGUCGCCCUACAGGCCACCUCUAAAGAAAAUAUGUUAGUUUACAUGUACGUUUUCUGCUUUCCAUAGUUAAAUACACUAGAACCCCGAUGUCACGAACCCCGGAUUUAACGAAGCAGUGAUUUUACGAAUACAUUCUCGGGAACCGUCAAAAAAUUGGACAUUUUGACCAAAAUGUAAAAAUCGGAAGAAAAAAAAAGAAAAAAAAAAAGAAAUGAAAGAUCAUUAAAAUCUGUUAAUUUUAACACACAGCGUAUUUUUGUGUCUGCUUUAAUACUUCCAAUAAUGUUCAUGUAAGAAUAACAGAAAAAUAAUGGGACAUUUCCUUUAAAAAUAUGGUCCAGGACAGGGUGUUUUGUGCCUUCACCACCAUACUACGUAAGGCAAUGGUAUUCAUCAUCUCACCCAAUCUGCCUGUCAUGCCAUGGUCAUCUCACGGUGAUGAUGCUCGGGUAAACACUCCAGCCUUAAGGAUGAUCAGCCCACCUAAAAACUGUUGAAUAAAAGAUGGAAUAUUAUGAUUUUUCUCUCUCCUAUCUUAAGGUCCCUGCCUACUCGGGCACAUGUACAAUGUGCAGAGCUUCAGAAAAUAAUCACACAAUUUGACAACUGCUCAAGAUAUGAGUAAAAUGUUUCUUUAUGAAAUCUUUUAAGAAUAUGCUUAGGGCAGAUGAAUAAUUCUUUUUCUUUAUUUCAUUUACAAGCUGUAUUUUUAAAAGUGUGAAAUUAAUACAAAUGUGUUUUUUCAGAAUAAUUUUUAGUCAUGACGCACACAAGAGAUUCUUAAAAGCAUUUAAGGAACUUGCAUUACACCUUUAUCUUAAUUUCUCUGCUAUUUAAUGUUAGGGUCACAGCUCAUAUCUCAUAGUUGUCCUAUGCUCGGGGAGAAGACUGCGUUUAAGGGCUAUAUACCAUUCUAGAAACACCAGCGAGCGUUACAACUAUCAUCCUGCCUCACUAACACAAAUACACCCCUGACUAGGCCUUCUGAUCGCAACUUUCACUGGGUGAAAUUAUGUUUUCUAUUCCUCUGGGAUGCUUGAAAAAAAACUUCUUGAACUUGUGCUUUCCUCCCCCUUUACGAGCUUCUUAUUGGUUAGUGCGUGGGAGCGAACUUUAUCAGACAUGAACUGCGUCAUGGAUGUGAUUGUGUGCAUCUUGGUUGUGUUAUGUGUUACUUGUUCUCAUUUUGAAUGUGGAAAAAAAAAAAGCUACUAAUUUAUGAGGGUUAUUUACAAUUAUAAAAUAUUAUGUGACCUGUGGUUAUUUUGAGGUUAUAAUUUCCAAGUUUUUCUGUUCACUUUAAGGCUUAAACUUGCCCACCAUGUUCAGUUUAAGGUUUUUGUAAUUCUAGUUUUCAGUGAAAUAUUUUGAAAUUGGAACAGUAUCAGUUAAGUUUUAUAAAAUAUUCAGCUGUGAAAACAUGGAAAAUUAUUUACUAGUAAGUGACCAUGAUGCAAUUAGUCAAACAAAAGUUUGAAUUAUGAGUAGGGGCAGGCAUUUUUCGCGACAAGAUCUGAACACUUAUUAGACUGCAACAAGGUAUACCCGCACCUGUGGUUUCUUCCUUGUGAUUGGCGGCCGUCUGCGAGAGAAGUCGUUGCCUUAUUUGAACGGGCCACUCAGGACGCGUUUACUUCCGCACUGAAUCAAUGUGAUUGGUGUUGUUACAAUCGAUAUGUACCUGGGAGAAACUCACUCAAUCACGGAACAAAGACGAUGCUACAGUGUUUUAACUUUCAUUUAGUCUCAAAAUCUUUUCGUGAAAUCUGCAUGCCCCUAAUUAUGAGUAAUUGCCCAAAUUCUCAAAUAUUGCAGAUAAUGUGUAGAAUAUAUGUAGCUGCAAAAUUUGCUUAAAUAUGUAAUAAAUACGGACAAGAUUAUAUGGUAAAUUGUGAUAAAGCCAAAAUAACGUCGAAAAGCAUUCCAAUACACCAUAUAACACCAAAAUGCACUUAAAACACCAUAAAGCACCAAAAUUCAACAAAAAAUCAUGAAAUCAAUCAAAACUCAAUUCAAAUGACAGAGAUGCAAGCUUUAAUUUAUUAAAUUCAAUGAAUGUAAAUUAUUUAGCAUGGAGUUUGUACCAAAAUGUAUGUACGGAUUAGAAUGAAAAAUGUUUUGCUUUAUUUAAUUGCAACUGUCAUUAAUAACUAAUUUUUAUAUUUUGUACAUUUUAUAUUGGUACAUUUUUCAAACACACAUAUACUAGCUGAUAUAUUUUUAUGGUUCCCAGUAGAUAGAUAUGCUUGUAAAAGUGCAUCAUGUAUCAGUUAAAGUGACACUAUUUUAACAUUUGUUGUAUUUGUUGAAAAAUGUGUUAUAUUCAUGAAUAAACAGAGUUCAUAAAAUAAUUAAAAAUAAUUGCACCAAAAUUUCUUAUUAUAUAAACAAACUUUACCUAAAAAAACACAUAAAAUCUUGUCUCAAAUAAUAAAGUUUAUAUGAAACGCCCAAUCUACAAGUGCUGUUAGUUUACAAGUCGCUGUGAGCUUCACUAAGCAGACGGGUUAUGCCAAGGAGGAUAGAAAGUUAACUGUAUCAUCUUGUUCUAUGUCAGAAUUUAUCUUCUACAGACGGCUUAUAUAUAUGAUUAAGCUAUGAUGUCAUUGGGAAUUUUAAACCAUGAUCAUUUGAAAUUAUUUCUGUUUCUCUUACUAUGUUUCUGUAUUUUAUUUAUGUCUUGUAUUUGCUAUUUUAAGCAUUAUAAAAUAUUUAAGAAUAUUUGGAAGUGGCUUCCUGUUUGUAAGUCUCAAAUAUUUGUUGGCAUCUGUAAAUACUGCACCAAGUGCGCAGAAUUCGAACCUCUAAGUAGGAAUUGUCCAAGACAUUCUAGUCCCUAGGUAAAUAGUUUCUCCGGAAGGAACAGGAGGCAGAAGUGUUUGUUUCCGGCAGCUAGAUAAAAAUGUCCUAAUUUAAUUACAUAAAACUGAAGUACAUAUUUCCCUGUCCUUACUGACAGGAUGUGAUGCCAACAUAUUCUGGGCACCGAAAAAGUGUAAAUGAUUUAAGAAUUUACUUUGUGAGUGUGUUAUUUCUCAUAAUGUCUGCAAAAAUAUUUGGUGCUAUCUGAAGAGGUUACUGUAGCCAUUUUCCUUCAAAUGACUUUUGACUGAACUGUCAAUUCAUCAGCAAUUGUGAUACAUGUUUGUGACGAAUAGUAAACUUGAACAUUUAAUUGCCUAGUUAAAUAAAGUUGAUUGAUUUUAGGCGAGACACAACUGAAUCUUAUUUAUUGAAAUUAGAGCUUUAGUGGGUCUACCCCUAAUGUGCAGAAGGGUCACCCCUUCGUAUGGGUUGCACCCUUAAUUUUGGGAAAAAAAAAGUCUAACAUUUUCAUUGUAAGGGUUGCCCUCGAUUAUGAGUCGCGUCAUAUGACUGUCUCCAGUCUUUAUGGUCCAUGCCUCAGAUUACUGCGCAUAAGAAAGGCACUGAUGUCCUUCGUAUUUCUCUUCUUCUUCCUUAUGGCCCUUCCUACUCCUUACCCCUAACACUAACAAAAAAUGCAAGGGAAAAGAAUGCUAUUUUUAUAACCAAUUUUCCCAUCCUGUCUUCUCUGAGAGAGAACAGACCGCAGGCUAUUUCCUUGUGAACAAAAAGUUGGUCAGUUUCUUUGAUAAAAACAAGCACGUUCUUUAAACUAGUUUUGUCGUGAAUGAAUUGUUGCAGUAGAAAGCAUAUGAAAUCUCACGCAUAAACAAUUUUUGGACACAGUUGCAUGACAAAAACCUGUCGAGUUAGACGUGAUAAUUGUGUACCGGUGCCAUUUCACGAGAGAGGUGGAGGGGGGAGAACCAUGAACACUGCUGCAUGGCCACAUGCACUCACACAUGCAUGCACUCCCUACCCCGCUUUCUCUCUGGCUGGUUUAUUUUUAGAUUCCCCAUCUUGCAGAGCACCACAGCCCGACAGCAGACAGCCACGUCCGCUAGCUGUGUAGCCGCAUGGCGCAGUUCAUGAUUAUUUACACUUACUGCUGAGAUAUUAAAUUAAACAAUUUAUAUACGUAUACUCGUUACAUAUUUAUUAAAAAAAAAAUACAGGCUAGUUUUUUAAGCAUACAACAACAGUGAAAUGUUAAUUUUUUUUUACCCAAAGUGGAAAUUUUUGCAUAUGGGUCGCAUGCAACUGUGUCAGGUCAUGGCCUGGCAAUGCCACCAAAGGCUCGCCCCCAAGGAAAUGAGUUAGAAUCAAUACUAGGGAUCUGCCUUUGCAUUUAUUCGAAAAAUUAUUCAUGAUAUGUGAUUAAUUUUAAAUCAAAUAUGUUUAUUUAAUUAUUCAUUACCAAUAGAUACACCAAGUGGGAUUCAACAAAAAAAUUUAAUUGAAUUAAAAUAAAGUAAAAUGUUUGAAGUUAAAAUGAUUCAUUGAGAAAUUUGUAUU